AUGGCGAAGAUUAUGAUCCCUGCUAGCAAGCAGCCUAUAUACAAGAGACUAGGUCUUCUUUUGAUUGCAGUGCUUACCGUCUACGUGUUCUUUCAUGGUGCUCAAUAUGCCAGAGGUUUUGGAGCAACACCGCAGUACACCAGUGUGGUAUCCCCGGAAACGGGCUACAAAUACUCCAAAGUAGAAACACCUAGGUAUAGCGGUUCCCGUGAAAAGGCUACCUUCGUCACUUUAGUGCGUAAUAGGGACAUUUAUGCAUUGGCCGAAUCUAUUAAAUCUGUUGAAGAUAGAUUCAAUUCCAAGUUCAAUUACGACUGGGUGUUUUUGAAUGAUGAAGAAUUCACUGAGGAAUUUAAAAGCCUCACUACAGCUUUAGUAAGUGGUAAAACGAAGUACGGUCUCAUUCCGCAGGAGCAUUGGUCUUUCCCUAGUUGGAUUGAUAAGGAAAAAGCCGCUCAAGCGAGGAAGGAAAUGGGUGAAAAUAGGGUCAUCUACGGUGAUUCUAUUUCUUACAGACACAUGUGCCGUUUUGAAUCAGGGUUCUUUUACAAACACCCCUUAAUGGAUGAUUACGAUUGGUAUUGGCGUGUGGAACCUGAUAUCAAGUUGAACUGUGAUAUCAACUACGAUGUUUUUAAGUUCAUGAAGGACAAUAACAAGAAGUAUGGUUUUGCCAUUUCCAUUAAGGAGUAUGAGGCCACCAUCCCCACUUUAUGGGAAACCACCCGGAACUUCAUGAAAGCAAAUCCAGAUUUAAUCCACAAAAACAACAUGCUAGACUUUGUCAGCGACGAUGAAGGUCUUUCAUAUAAUUUGUGUCACUUCUGGUCCAAUUUUGAGAUUGCUUCAUUAGAUUUAUGGAGAUCUGCAGCUUAUACUGCGUACUUUGACUAUUUAGAUCAAGAGGGAGGAUUUUUCUAUGAAAGAUGGGGUGACGCUCCGGUGCAUUCUAUUGGUGCCGCGUUGUUUUUGGAUCGUUCUGAAAUCCAUCACUUUGGUGACGUUGGCUAUUACCAUGUCCCAUUUUUCUCUUGUCCAAUAGACACAAGCAUCAGGCUGGCCAAUAAAUGUGAUUGUGACCCAAGCAAAGACUUUACAUGGCACAGCUACUCAUGCACCAAUAAAUUUUACAAUUUGCAAAAGAUGCCUAAGCCUCUCGGCUGGCAAAACCAUAUCGGCUAG